UUGGUUUCCCUGCUGGCUGCGUUUCGCUCUCCGAAGCCAUUUUGGACUCAGUUCAGUUCCGUGCAUGUCAGAAUCGAACCCUGUCCUGCCAUUCUCGCUCUUGCACGGGGAAAGCUUCACACGCGGACGGGAUUUGGGUGGAAAUCGCCGGUUCUUUCGCACCGGGAGGCGCUUCUGUCGGAAUAGCCGCUUUUCCUGAUGGAUCUGUGCAUGUGUUAAAGUUUGAUUAAAGCCCGAUCGGUGGAUGGACAUCAGGCCGACGGUCACUCGGGCUCUUGUGUGUGUGUGUGCGCGUUUCCCCGAUCGCUUUAAAUGUGUGCAAAGCAGAAAACACUGAAAAGGAGAAAACCCGGGGUGUUUUUGUGUCACUAGAGGAAUAUGUUCGCUUCCUGGCUGACUUUUGCACUUCUUCUGGGAACUUUCAGUGCAGGACCCAGUCAUGCCGAGGUGGAGACGCGCGAGUGUUUGUACUUCAACAUUAACUGGGAGGUGGAGAAGACGAACCGCAGCGGCGUGGAGCGCUGUGAGGGAGAGAAGGACAAGCGCUCGCACUGCUACGCCUCCUGGAGGAACAGCUCCGGCAGCAUCGAGCUCGUCAAGAAGGGCUGCUGGCUAGACGACUUCAACUGCUACGACAGACAGGAGUGUGUGGCCACCGAGGACAACCCUCAGGUGUUCUUCUGCUGCUGCGAAGGCGACUUCUGCAACGAGAGGUUCACGCACCUGCCUGACGUCAGCGGACCAGUGAUCGAGCCUCCUCCACCGGCGCUGCUCAAUGUUCUGGUUUACUCUCUGCUUCCCGUCACGAUGCUCUCCGUGGCGCUGCUGCUGGGCUUCUGGAUGUACCGGCACCGCAAGCCUCCUUACGGACACGUGGACAUCAACGAGGAUCCGGGUGCGUCUCCUCCCUCGCCGCUGCUGGGUCUGAAGCCUCUGCAGCUGCUGGAGGUUAAAGCUCGAGGACGCUUCGGCUGCGUCUGGAAAGCUCAGAUGAUGAAUGAAUAUGUAGCUGUGAAGAUCUUUCCAAUUCAGCAACGACGAACUACUGAAAUUCCAUCAGAUCCAUCGUAUCUGACCAAUCAGAGUCCUGUAGACGAGUACAUGCUGCCGUUUGAGGAGGAGAUCGGCCAGCAUCCGUCUCUGGAGGAUCUUCAGGAUCUGGUGGUUCAUAAGAAGAUGAGGCCUGUGUUUAAGGACUGCUGGCUCAAGCAUUCA